AUGGACGAGCAGGAAUUCGUCUCGCUGCUGCAGGCUCUGCUUGAGCCUGACACCAACAAGGUCAAGCAGGCCACCAGCCAGCUCAACAAGUCCUACUACUCGUCGCCCCAGUCGGUGACGGCCCUCAUCCACAUCCUCGUCAACCACCCCGAGCCCCAGCUACGACAACUGGCCGGUGUCGAGGCACGCAAACUCGUCUCAAAGCACUGGGCAGCGGUGCCUGAACAGCAAAAGGGCCAGCUCCGUGAGCAACUCCUCAAGAGCACCAUCGACGAGGAGAAGCAGCUGCCGAGACACACCAAAGCUCGUGUCAUUGCGUCUAUCGCCAAGAUCGACCUCGAAGAUGGACAAUGGGCCGACCUCCCUGGCAUCUUGCAGCAAGCUGCCACCAGCGAGACUGCCCGUCACCGCGAGGUCGGCGUCUACAUCAUCUACACCCUCCUCGAGACCAUGCCCGACGUCUUCCAAGAGAACAUGUCUCAGAUGCUCGCCCUCUUCACCAAGACGAUCCAAGAUCCCGAGUCGGUGGAAGUAAGAGUGAACACUAUGCUUGCUUUGUCGGAGCUGGCUAUGGUGCUGGACACGGAGGAGGACACCAAGAGCUUGAAGGCUUUCCAGGGCACCAUCCCACACAUGGUCAAGGUCUUGCAGUCGACGAUUGCUGAGGAAGACGAGGAACACACCAUGCAAGCUUUCGAUGUCUUCAACAAGCUUCUCAGCUACGAGAGUGCUUUCCUGAACGCACACUUCGGCGACCUGCUGCAGUUCUUCAUGCAGGUUUCCUCCAAGACCGAGGUGGACGACGAGUCGAGAUCGCAGGCCAUCAGCUUCUUGAUGCAGGCGGUGCGGUACCGCAAGCUCAAGGUCCAGAGCUUGAAGGUUGGCGAGCAGAUGACCAAGAUGUGCGUUCAGAUUGCUACUGAGCUUGAUGAGCUGCCAUCUGAGGAGGAUGAUAUCUCGCCCGCACGAUCCGCCCUCGGUCUGCUCGAUAUUCUCAGCGAGAGCCUGCCACCCAGCCAGGUUGCUGUGCCACUGCUCAAGACCAUUGGCCCAUACGUCCAGAGUGAGCAGGCAGAGUACAGGAGAGCAGGUAUCUUGGCUCUCGGCAUGUGCGUUGAGGGUGCACCAGACUUCAUCGCUACCCAGCUGAACGAGAUCCUUCCCCUGGUCCUCCACCUGCUCGAGGACCCAGCCAUCAGUGUGCGUAGCGCUACCCUCAACGGCGUCACACGUCUUGCGGAUGACCUCGCCGAGGACAUGGGCAAGGAGCACGCACGCCUGAUCCCGGCUCUCGUCAAAAACUUCGACCUUGCACUUCAGGGCAUGCAGAACUCGCAAAAGGAUUCCAAGGACCACGAACUCAACACUCACAUCGUCAAGGCCAGCGCCAUGGCCGUCGACUCUCUCAUCGAGGGUCUCGAAGCUGAGGAUGCUGCUCGCUACCUAGCUGAGCUUGUGCCACGAUUCAGCCAUCUCAUCGACCACGACGACCACAAGGUGCAGAUGGCCGCUGUUAGUGCCCUCGGCAGCAUUGCCAGUGCUUCGGAGGAGGCUUUCAAGCCAUACUUUGAGAAGACGAUGCAGAGCUUGGGUGGCUACAUUCAGAUCAAGGACAGUGAAGAUGAACUUGAGCUUAGGAGCAUGGUCAUCGACUCUCUUGGCAAGAUUGCCAGCGCUGUUGGUGCUGAGGCCUUCCAGCCUUUCGUGCGACCGCUCAUGCAGGCCAGCGAGGAGGGUCUUCACCUCGAUCACCAGCGCCUGAAGGAGACGAGCUACAUAUUGUGGAGCACGCUCGCCAGAGUCUACGAGGAGAACUUUGAGCCAUUCCUGCAGGGUGUCGUCAAGUCUCUGUUCGACUGCCUCGAGCAGGAAGAGACCGACUCUGAAGUCCAGCUCGGUGCUGAGGCUUCAGACCUUGUCGGUCAAGAGGUCACGAUUGCUGGCAAGAAGAUCAAGGUCGCUGGCGCCAACGGUGUCAACGAGGAUGAUGAAAUCUCUGAGGAGGAUGUCAUCAAGGCCAUGAUGGAGACUGGAGACGAUGAUGAUGACGACGACUGGGAUGAUCUUGGUGCGGUCACUGCUGUCGCCAUGGAGAAGGAGAUCGCUGUUGAGGUGAUCGGAGACGUCCUUACACAUGCCAAGGGCAAGUACCUGCCAUACAUGGAGAAGACGAUUGAGACAACCAUCCCACUGUUGGACCACACCUUCGAGGGCGUGCGAAAGAGCGCCAUCAGCACACUCUGGCGUGCAUACGCUUGCCUCUGGGGCCUAGCCGAGGACAACGGCAUGCAGAAGUGGCAGGCUGGCAUUCCUCUCAAGGUCGAGCCUACGAACGACUUGAAGAAGUUGGGCGAUCUCGUCAUGAAGGGCACGCUUGCUCUCUGGGAAGAGGAGAUGGAUCGGGCCACUGUCACUGAGGUCAACCGCAACUUGGCCGCUACCUUGAAGCUCUGCGGUCCAGCCGUCCUCGCCACGUCGAAGUCAGAGAAUGCCACACCUCUGGAGCAGGUCACUUCUGCGAUCAUGCUCAUCCUGCAGCGCAACCACCCUUGCCAGAAGGAUGAGGAUGAUUUCGACGACGCCCCUAUUGAGGGCGAGUCGGCUGAGUACGACUGGCUCGUCAUCGAGACCGCUCUUGAGGUUGUUGCUGCCCUUGGCACUGCAUUGGGCGACCAGUUCGGCGAGCUCUGGCAGAUCUUCGAGACCCCAGUCAUGAAGUUCUGUUCAUCUCAGGAGCGUUUCGAGCGCUGCUCAGCCGUUGGCACCGUGGCCGACUGCAUCGAGUCCAUGGGUGCCGCUUGCACUCCCUACACUCAACGCUUCAUGCGCGUGCUGCUCAAGCGCCUGAGCGACGAGGACCCCGAGACGAAGAGCAACGCCGCCUUCGGCAUGGGUCUCCUCUGCGCCAACAGCACCGACGCCAAGGAAAUCCUCUCCAACUACACCAACAUCCUCACCCUCCUCGAACCCCUCCUCCACAACUCCAACGCCAACGCCAGCGACUCCGAGGCGCGCCUCCUCGACAACGCCGCCGGCUGCGUCAGCCGCAUGAUCAAGAAAUCGCCCGAGAGCAUCCCCCUCCAGGACGUCCUGCCCCACCUCGCCGAGCUCCUGCCGCUCAAGGAGGAUUUCCGUGAGAACGAGCCCGUGUUCGAUAUGAUCGUCACGCUGUACCAGGCCCGCAACGAAACGAUCCAGGGCUUGACGGGACAGUUGAUGCCCGUGUUUGAGAAGGUGCUGGGGCCGCCGGAGGAGCAGCUCACCGAUGAGACGAGGGAUAAGCUUACGCAGUUGGUGCAGUAUUUGCGUGGGUGA